GCCCGAGGAGGGACUCAGCUGUCCCCAGCUAGGCAGCGACCCGCGCUGCGCCGUGGCAGCUCAACUUCGGCUAGCUUGGAGGGGAUCUGCGGGAGACUCCCUUCACCCCCACUUCUGGGGUCACUGCCGUGAGUGAGCCCAGAGGGAAGACCUUGGGAGGGUUGCUGAGGGAGAACAUUUCCUGAACUUUCGCUCCUAUAGAUGACAAAUGGAAAUACUAUGGAAUGAGAAAGCUCAGUUCCACCUCUCUCUUCCCCUUCCUGACUCAGGCAGGCCAGGUUCAGAUGGGCUUUGUCAGGUGGCCGUACUGCCAGCUUCUUCCUUAACCGGGGACUGAUGCCCCAGAACACUCAGGAGAAGAGCCAGGCCUAUCCCCGCCGCCACACAAGUCGUAGGAGCCCCGAGGCCGUUGCAGCCACAGCCAUGUACACCUUCCUGCCUGACAAUUUCUCGCCUACCAAGCCCAAGCCGUCCAAAGAUCUGAAGCCCCUGCUGGGUUCCGCAGUACUGGGGCUGCUGCUGGUGUUGGCUGCGAUCGUAGCCUGGUGCUACUACAGUGCCUCUCUACGCAAGGCAGAACGCCUGCGUGCCGAGCUGCUGGACCUCAAAAGCGGUGGCUUCUCCAUCCGCAACCAAAAGGGCGAGCAGGUCUUCCGCCUGGCCUUCCGCUCAGGCGCGCUGGACCUUGACUCCUGCAGCCGCGACGGCGCACGGCUCGGCUGCUCUCGCACUGCCGACGCGCGCCCGCUGCACUUCUUCAUCCAGACUGUGAGGCCCAAGGAUACAGUCAUGUGCUACCGCGUGCGCUGGGAGGAGGCUGAGCCCGGGCGUGCUGUGGAGCACGCCAUGUUCCUGGGCGACGUGGGGGCGCACUGGUACGGUGGCGCAGAGAUGAAGACCCAGCACUGGCCCAUUCGCCUGGACGGCCAGCAGGAGCCACAGCCCUUCGUCACCAGCGACGUGUACUCCUCCAACGCCGCAUUUGGAGGCAUCCUCGAGCGCUACUGGCUGUCUUCGCGCGCAGCUGCCAUCAAGGUCAAUGACUCAGUGCCCUUUCACCUGGGCUGGAACGGCACGGAGCGCUCUUUGCGGCUGCAGGCGCGCUACCACGACACGCCCUACAAGCCGCCUGCUGGCCGCUCAGCUGCGCCAGAACUCAGCUAUCGCGUGUGUGUCGGCUCAGAUGUCACUUCCAUCCACAAGUACAUGGUGCGGCGCUAUUUCAACAAGCCGUCGAGGGUGCCAGCACCCGAGGCCUUCCGGGACCCCAUUUGGUCCACCUGGGUGCUGUACGGGCGCGCGGUGGACCAAGACAAGGUGCAGCGUUUCGCCCAGCAGAUCCGCCAGCACCGCUUCAACAGCAGCCACCUGGAAAUCGACGACAUGUACACACCUGCCUAUGGCGACUUCGACUUCGACGAGGCCAAGUUUCCCAACGCCAGUGACAUGUUCCGCCGCCUGCGCGAUGCCGGCUUUCGCGUCACACUCUGGGUGCACCCAUUUGUCAAUUACAACUCUUCGCGCUUUGGCGAAGGCGUGGAGCGCGAGCUGUUUGUGCGUGAACCCACGGGCCGGCUGCCUGCGCUGGUGCGCUGGUGGAAUGGCAUCGGCGCUGUUCUCGACUUCACGCGCCCAGAGGCCCGCGACUGGUUCCAGGGGCACCUGCGGCGACUGCGCUCACGCUACGCCGUGGCCUCCUUCAAGUUCGAUGCGGGCGAGGUCAGCUACUUGCCGCGGGACUUCAGCACCUACAGGCCUCUGUCUGACCCCAACAUAUGGAGUCGGCGCUACACCGAAAUGGCGCUGCCCUUCUUUUCACUGGCCGAGGUCCGCGUGGGCUACCAGUCACAGAACAUCUCGUGCUUCUUCCGUCUGGUGGACCGCGACUCCGUGUGGGGCUAUGAUCUGGGGCUGCGCUCUCUGAUCCCUGCCGUGCUCACCGUAAGCAUGCUGGGUUACCCGUUCAUCCUGCCGGAUAUGGUGGGGGGCAACGCGGUGCCAGAGCGCACAGCGAGCGGCAGCGAUGUGCCGGAUCGCGAACUGUACGUGCGCUGGCUGGAGGUGGCCGCCUUCAUGCCAGCUAUGCAGUUCUCUGUUCCACCUUGGCGGUACGACGCCGAAGUGGUGGCCAUUGCGCACAAGUUCACCGCACUGAGGGCCUCGCUGGUGGCGCCGCUGUUGCUUGAGCUGGCUGGUGAGGUCACUGACACAGGCGACCCCAUCGUGCGCCCCCUCUGGUGGAUCGCACCUGACGAUGAGACGGCGCACCGCAUCGACUCACAGUUCCUUAUCGGAGACACGCUGCUCGUGGCACCAGUACUGGAGCCCGGCAAGCAGGAGCGGGACGUGUACCUGCCCGCAGGCAAGUGGCGCAGCUAUAAGGGUGAGCUUUUCGACAAGACGCCAGUGCUGCUCACGGAUUACCCCGUCGACCUAGACGAGGUCGCCUACUUUAUCUGGGUGUCCUGACCCUGCGCAGGACCCAGGAGCCCCACAGCCCUAACGCAGUCUUCGCGUAGACCUUUAAUCCUCCAUCACAGCCAUACCGUAUAUCCGCAGGAAGUCCCCACCUCGGUGCCACCCACUAAGUGGGUACCAUAAGUGUGCUGGGGCCAGCUCCAGUAGGACCCGGGGAGGAGACGCUGAAGUGACUUCCCACUGCAAUGCACGGAGUUUCCCUCCACUCCAGUCUACAGAAACCCUUUCCCUGGGGUAAGGGUAAGAGAGCUCAGAGGAAAAAGUUCAGCUCUCUUCCUGUUAAACAUGGUUGGGUUUUAAAAGCACAAUGAGAAACCUCACCCUCCAUCUUGGCCUAAGUAGCCAACUCUGUCCUUCUGAUGUGGUGACUGGAUCCUCUUUCUGAUCCCAAAAUAGCCCCCUGCCACUCUUAGAAAGGGCACAUUCUUGGUGUUGGAAGCAAAGCCCUGAGUUCCAAGCACUGGCGUGAACUAUGGCUGACCUGUUCCCACCCCAGCUGGUGAGAAGGGAUGGAGGUACUUGGUCAACUGACGGGGAGGCAGGAGGCCCCUCCCAGAGGACAGGGGGACUGGGCUGAGCACAGAGCCAUUAUCGUUGUCCCUCAUUUGUAAAGAGACUCCUGACACUGCACUUACCCAUCUGUACACACAUGGUUCAGCCCUGGGCCAGGGCCACUGCCUGAUGGGCAAAGACUUGCAAGGGCAUGUAGGCUGGACUUGGUGCCUUAACUUAAGAACCUGUGUGUGUGUGUGUGUGUGUGUUUGCGUGUAUGUGUGUGUGUGUGUGAGAGAGAGAGAGAGAGAGACAGAGACAGAGAGAGGGAGGGAGGGAAAGAGAGAGAGGCAUCAUGUGUACCUGGAUCUAUGGAAUGAACAUAGUACCUCAGAGGCUGCAUAAGCCUGCAGGGGCAGGGAGCAGAUAUGAGGGUUUGAUUAUUGAGCUGGCCCCUUCCUAGGUGAUGUCCAUGGGACUCUAGUAGGAAAUAAACAGCCCUUUACAGAUUCCUCGGCUGCCUCGCUCUCUGCACUCGUGGCAGAAGUAUGGCUUAAAAGGGAGUGAUGUUCUUAUUCUGGUGGUGGUAUGCACACAAACUACCACACAGUUGAUACCUAUAAAUAUACAUACAGAGUAAGAUCUUUCAUUUCAGCCAUUUUCCCUUUCUAAGAAGAGCAGCCUUAGCCAGAGUGAGUUCUUUCUGACUUUGCAGCUCAGUCUGGGGAAGGAGUGGUUUGCCAGAGGGGGAAGGUGGGAAACAGGGCAAGGUUCAGCUUCCCUCAUUAGCUUGGACAGCAGAAUCAGUCCCUUACCCCCUAGAGAAUGCAUCUCUUUGCCCGCUCCUCCACCUCCUCUAUCUUCUCAGUGUGAAGAAUGCUAAUGAAAGUUUAAGGGCACUCACCAAGAUAACUCUACCACUCAUCUCAAGCUGUGUGGCCUUGAGUAAGCUGCUUAACCUUGUUGAGCCUCAGUUUCCUCAUAUGUAAAAUGGUGAUAAUAAUGCCUACCUCCCAGGUUGUUGUGGGAAUUAUAAGCAUAGAUGUAUGUAAAGUGCCUGGCACAAGUAGGUGCUCAAUAAAAGUUAGUUAUUAUAAUAGUA